UUUUUUUUAAAACAUGGCUAAGUACAUUAUAUACUUGGCUAUCUUAGCUUUAACAUUCAAUCACAUUCGAACAGAAGAAAUUAGACCACAAAAAGUCCAAACAAAAAGAGGGCUUUUAGGAUUAGGUACAGCUGGAUAUGGUUUAGGUGGAUAUGGUGUGCAUGGUGGAUAUGGUGUGGGUGGAUAUGGUUUGGGUGGAUAUGGUUUGGGUGGAUAUGGUUUGGGCGGCGCUCGUAUAGGGUUAAGUGGAGCAUCUAUUGGAAUUGCAAGUCCUGGUAUCGGAAUUGCAGCAGGUCCUGCUGUUGGAAUUGCAGCAGGUCCAGCUAUAGCAGCGGGUCCAGCUAUUGCAGCAGGGCCAGCAAUUGUUGCAGGUGGUGGUGCUAUUGCAGCUGGUGCAGCACCAGUACGCCAUACUGUUUCAACAGUUAAUCAAGAAGUUCCAGUAUCGGUACCCCAACCAAUUCAAAUUACAAUCACACGACCAGUACCAGUGCCAGUUCCAGUUCAAGUUCCAAUUGACGUACCCAGAGCAGUUCCUGUUUCAGUUCCACAACCAUACCCAGUACCAGUUAGCCGACCAUAUCCUGUAAAUGUACCACGACCAGUUCCUGUUUCGGUCCCACAACCUGUUCCAUACACCGUUGCGCAAGCUGUUCCUGUUGGCGUACCACAACCUGUGCCUGUUGGAGUUCCACAACCAGUUGCUGUUAGAGUUCCACAAGCAGUACCAGUUCCAGUUGCUGCACCCGUACCUGUAGCAGCACCAGUACCAUAUGCACAGCCAGUUGCUAUACCGCAACCCGUUUCUGUUGGAAUUGCAGCGGCACCAGCAAUAUCAUUAGGAGCAAUCGGAGGCUCCGGUUUAGCACUAGGUGGUUCAUCCCUUGCACUCGGUGGUUCAUCCCUUGCACUCGGUGGUUCAUCCCUUGCACUCGGUGGUUCAUCCCUUGCACUCGGCGGCUCAUCUCUAGCACUCGGUGGAUCAUCACUAGGACUCGGUGGAUACGGUGGAUACGGUUCAGGUCUAGCACUUGGCUCAGGCAUACGAUAUGGUUCAGGCCUAGCACUCGGCUCAGGCAUACGAUAUGGUUCAAGUCUAGGAUACGGCUCAGGUGUAGCAUUAGGUGGCCUUAGAUCGAUUUCAUUAGGAUCAGGAUUAUCACAUGGGAUAUCGUACAGUUCAGGGUUAAAGUAUGCUAGUGCUUAUCAUUAA